CCUUUGCGUCCGCCGGGGUAGAAUAAAAAAAAAUAAGCCAUAAACAUAACCUUAAAGUUAAAUGUCACACAAAACUCAAAACAAAGUAAAUAGUGCUGGAAACUUUAUUAAACAGAAACGGUAAAUUAUUUAAUGACCCAAGAGAACUCUAUAAUAUUGCUCUUAUAAUCUAUCACAAUGGGAAAGACAUCUAAAGACAAACGGGAUAUAUAUUAUAGACUAGCCAAGGAGGAAGGGUGGAGGGCACGAAGUGCUUUCAAACUUCUACAAAUCAACGAGGAGUACAAUAUAUUUGAUGGAGUAUUGCGUGCCGUGGAUCUAUGUGCGGCUCCUGGUAGCUGGAGCCAAGUGUUGACCAAGAAACUGCGCCAAAACGCUACCAACGAAGAGGAUGUUAAAAUUGUUGCUGUGGAUUUACAAGCUAUGGCUGCAUUACCAGGGGUGAAGCAAAUACAAGGAGAUAUUACUAAAGUAUCGACUGCAAAUGAAAUUAUUAAGGAGUUUGAAGGAAUGAAAGCUGACCUAGUGGUUUGCGAUGGUGCUCCAGAUGUAACAGGAUUGCACGACAUUGACGAAUAUAUACAAUCACAGCUACUUCUCGCAGCGUUAAAUAUAACUACUCAUGUCCUCAAAGAUGGAGGCACUUUUGUGGCUAAAAUAUUUAGAGGCAAAGAUAUCACUCUGUUAUAUUCACAACUGAAACAGUUCUUUGAAUAUGUAACUGUUUCAAAACCAAGAAGUUCUAGAAACUCAAGUAUUGAAGCAUUUGUAGUUUGCCAGAAUUACAAACCCCCAAAAGGUUAUUUUCCGACAAUGGUGAACCCGCUACUGGACCACAAGUACUGUGGUUUCAAUCAAUUUACAGGACCUAACAGAUUUAUUGUUCCAUUUAAUGCAUGUGGAGACUUAAGUGCAUAUGACUCUGAUACAUCAUACCCUUUAAAUAUAGAUGGUAAAGAUACAUAUACAUAUAAGGAACCAGUUCAGGGUCCUAUUAAUCCUCCAUAUAAAGAAAUAUUGGAAAAGACUAGUUAAGUAAUAAUCUAUUUAAAUAUUGAAAUUCUUUUUAUUUUAAUAAAUGAGUCAAACAACCU